CACAGUCAGUGGCGAGACUCUCUUCUUCACCUUCACCUUCCCAAAACCAUUUUUUCCCCUCUUUUAAAACCCUAAUUUGCGCAUCGUCUUCGGGAAGAAUUUUCAAUUGUUUGGCGUAAUCGGAGAUGUCUGGUGAAGCGGCGGUGGCUGUUCAUCUUCCGUUGGAAAUGCCGCCUCCUGAUGGUGAAUUUGAAUCGGCUCUCCGUGUCCCUUCGGUCGACGACGGCGACGGCGACUGCGUGCUCGAGGAGCUGGAUUUCGAUUUCGAUUUUGAUGAUAUAAGUUUACCGUCCGCCGACGUCCUCGACGUUCUUCUAAAUUCCACCGAUCCUGAACCGCCGGACUGUCUCCAGUUUCCGGAGCCCAGAUUUUCUCAAUUCGGGGCGAAUUUCGGUCGAUUGGAAGGAGUAAUCAAGUCAACAUCUCCGGAGCUCUGUGAUUUGUCCGGUGACGGCGAUUUUUCAGGCGAUCAAAGCUGGGACGCUUCAGGAGUGCUGGAUUCCGCCUCGCCGGGGAUGGAGUCUCAUCAGAUUUCGGGAUAUCUCAACAUGCCUUCUCCAGAAUCGAACGGAUCAAACCGAGGCAGCGCUGAAAACUCCGAUCCGAAUACGAAGGAUUUGAAUUGUCCUUCACCAGAAUCGAACGGCUGGGGAAACUCCAGAUCUGAUGCUUCCGCAUCUUCCAACAAUUGCGCCGGACGAUCUGUAAGUUCCUCACCUGAUUCCAUUAAUAGGUCGAUUAAACAAGGAGUCGUAGAUCAGAAGAUUAAGCUAGAGGAUUCCGCAAAUAACAGCGGCCUUAGCUCUUUACAGAAACGAAAAAUUGAGGUUGAACAUCUCACGAAUGAUAAUCCUGUUAAGUGUAGAAAACCUAGCUGUAGCACAGAGAAUAACCAUAGUAGCAUUGAUGUCGAUGUUCAUAACGAAGAAGACGAGAAACGGAAAAUUAGGUUAAUGAGGAAUCGAGAAAGUGCUCAAUUAUCUAGACAGAGGAAGAAGCAUUACGUAGAAGAAUUAGAGGAUAAAGUAAGAUCUAUGCAUUCAACAAUUCAAGAUUUGAACAUGAAGAUUUCAUACGUAAUGGCGGAAAACGCCACUCUCCGGCAACAGAUGGGCGGCGGCGGUGGCGGCAGCAGUGGUUCUGCUGCAGCCCCUGCAGUUCCGCCGCCUCCAAUGGCUGCACCGCCGCCCCCCGGCGUCUAUCCGAUGAUGUAUCCAUGGAUGGCAUGUCCGCCGCCGUAUAUGAUGAAACCACAAGGAUCGCAAGUGCCAUUGGUGCCGAUCCCGAGGUUGAAAACACAGUCUCCGGCACAGGCGCCGAAGGAGAAUAAGAAGGUGAAGAGUCGGAAGAGUGAGGGGACGAAGACGAAGAAGGUUGCCGGAGUUAGUUUUCUCGGAUUGUUGUUUUUCGUGAUGUUGUUCGGGGGUUUGGUUCCGAUGUUCAACACACGAUACGGAGGCGUUACGGAAAUGUUUACGACCGGCGUGAACGACUUUAGCAUUGGAAAACACCACGGAAGAGUGUUGAUGGUGAACGGUACGGAGUUUGUAGAGAAGCCUGGCAGUAGACGUGAUUAUACUAACAGUAGUAAAGGGGAGCCGAGUGCCGAUGAAUUUAUUCGAAUGGGGAAUGGCAGCGAACAUCUUGCGGCGUCGUUAUACGUUCCUAGGAACGACAGGCUGGUUAAGAUCGACGGCAAUCUGAUAAUCCAUUCGGUGUUGGCGAGCGAGAAAAGUAAGGCGUCCCGUAGAACAGAGGGCAGCGCCGAAACGGGGCUGGCGUUUCACGGAGAUUUAGUUCCUGCAAUUCCCGGCCCUGAUGCAGGCCGAAACGGCGGUAGACAUGCUCACCUAAGGGCUCUCGGAUCUUCGGAAAAGGAAGGUAUGAAAUCAAAGUCGACUGAUGGAAAGCUUCAGCAGUGGUUCCGCGAAGGCCUCGCCGGACCGAUGCUGAGUGCGGGAAUGUGCACCGAAGUUUUCCAGUUUGAUGUCUCGGCAGCUUCCGGAGCUAUUAUUCCCGCUCCGGUCACGAGAAACAUAUCCGAAAAGCCGAAUAGAAACUACACCCAGCUGAGCAAGGGCAAAAACCGGAGGUUCCUCCACUCGAUCCCGCUCCCUGAUUCCUCUCGCAACAUUUCGAGCGAACCCUCGUCGGGAUCAAAGGACGACAACUUUAGCGGGAGCAAGAACAAGUCGUCGAUGGUGGUUUCUGUGCUCUUCGAUCCCCGAGAGGCGGGCGACGGCGACGUUGAUGGCGUGAUGGGAGCCAAGUCGCUAUCGCGGAUAUUCGUCGUCGUUUUGAUAGAGAAUGUACGGUACGCGACGUAUUCGUGUAUGCUCCCGUUUAAAGGGAUCGUUUCGCAUCUGGUGACGGCGUGAGGACCGGUGAGGUCGAGUUUUGUAGUCUCGUCGUCGUCGCCGGGAGUGCAGAAAUAAGUUAUUCGACGUAAUGUAGCUGUUUAUACUGCAUCACUAAUUUGACUUUUGACAUGUAGAUUUUUGAAAUUUACGUCGCGAUGUUAAUGUAGAAAUAAAAAGCUCGUUCGCUUGUACUAUGAUCAAUUGAUUGUUCGAUCGCCGCGAUUA